AUGCGUCGACAGCUCGUGCAAGCGCGCAUCGACCGCGAGCGCGCGGUCGCGGUGCAACAGAAUCAACUGCGUGAGCACCUCAACGCGAUCUCCUGUGUGAACAUGAAAGCCCAGAGCGACAGACGUGUCGAGGCGUUGAGAAGAGAACGAGAGAGGAAGGAAGAAAUGAGGGUGCUCGAGAUGGACGCCAUGUUUACCUUGCACGAUCAAGACGCUUGCAGAAAAAAAACACUCAUCGAGCUUGAGGAGUUGAUUGCAGCAGAGCUGCAGCGAGAACAAGCAGAGCAAAUCAGGGAGGAAACUUACCGAAGAAGAAUAUGCGACGAGAGUGAAGAGCUUAGGCUGCUGAGAGAAAAGCUCCAGAUGGCCAAGGUGAACAAGGAAAGGGCUGCUCAAGUCAUCGAGCAGCACAUCCGGACGGUAGAAGAAGAAGAGAUUCAAACGGCCAUAGACGCUCAGGUCGAGGCUGACCGCCUCCAUAUGUUGGAAGAAGAAAAGCGACUGCAAUUAGAGCGUUUGGAAAGGGAACGUGCUGCUAAGGAUAUCCAGAGACAGCAGAUCGGAGAACGAAGAGAAUCAAGAAAACGAGAAGCUGUUGAAGAGUAUAACAGGGAUAAAGCCCAGGUUCAGGGUCUUAUUAAACAACUGCUGGCAGAGGAGGAUCAAGAGAACCGCAGGCAAGCUGCAAAAAGAGCAGCGGAGCGAAAACAGAUUCAAGAAACUUUGAGGCAGAAGGAGUUGUGGCGCCAACAUCAAAUAGCUCUGUCUGAACACGAAGACGCAAAGAUUAGGGAGUAUACUGCUUUGCAAGCGGCCCGCAGCGAGAAGUUGGAUCAAGAGCGUGAAGAAAGGGAAGCGGAAAAGCGCCGAGUGCUUCUUGAACUGUCGAGACAAAAACUGGAAAGGGAUGCAAGAGAGAAGGAACAUCAGCAGCUUCUAGAUGACCUCCAUGUCGACGAGAAAGAUGAGUUGGAGCGACAGAAGGAGGAAGCAGAGAGUCGGAAAAGGCAAGAAGCGAAAGAAGCCUUGCUUCGAGCUUUCGACGAGCAGAUGGUCGAAAAGGAACGCCGGCGGCAAGAGGCCCUGGCGGAUGAGCAAGAGUAUCGUCAAAGUCUCCUUGCUCGGUUUGCCGAGCAAGACCGGAUAGAACAAAUGAACGAACAAAAGAAGCGCAUGAAGCUUCAGGAGCACAUGCGUCAGGUGGAACGGUUGAUCGUCCAACGACGGCAGCUGUUCGAAGCAGAGAGAGAGGCGGAAAGGCAAACAUGGCAAAGGCUGGCUGCGGUUGAAGAAGAGAAGCAAACAGUGGUCGAGCAAGAGCGUCUGCGUCUCUUACGAGAGCAUGCUGAACUCGAGAAGUUCUUGCCGAAGGGCACCUUGAAGAAACCUGAAGAACUCCACCUCAUGCAUGAAGCGGCUGCGGAGAAACGUCGUCUCCACAAAACUCAUCUCGCGUAG